UCCGGAGCUCUGGGUGCAGGUUGAAUAGACCAGGAUAUAUACCCCCCACACCCCACCCUCUCUUCUUCUGGGGUAUUCUGCAGGGCGAGGGACGGAGAGACUGGGAGAAUGGCGCCCAGGUGUCUGUGUGUGCUGGCGCUGGUGGCAGUUCUUCAGGUCAGUUGCUCUGAGUUGGGACCGGAGGAGCCCGGCUCUGAUGUCCUGUUCCCCUGGGGAGGGAGGCCUGAUACUGGGGACCGUGUGCACCCCAGCAGGGUGAAGAGGGCCUGGAUCAUCCCACCCAUCCGGGUCUCGGAGAACAGCAAACAAGUCCCCGAAAAGCUGGUGGAGAUUAAGUCCGAUAAGGCGUUCACCUCGGAGGUGAUCUACAGGCUGGAGGGCCCGGGGGUGGAUCAGGACCCAAAGGGCCUGUUUGAGGUUGAGGAGGACACCGGCUGGAUCCUGAGUCUGGUGCCCCUGGACCGAGAGCAGUACAGCAGCUUCACGCUCCAGGCCUUCGCCCUGUCGAAGAGCGGGGAGAAAUUGGAGACGCCCUCCACCAUUGAGAUAGUCGUGGUGGACCAGAACGACCACAGGCCCAAAUUCACGCAGUCUGAGUUCGUGGGCUAUGUCCCAGAAUUCUCCAUACCAGGUACCGCCGUGACCGCGGUCUCGGCGACCGACGGCGACGACCCCACCACGGAGAACGCGCUGCUCAGCUACUCCAUCGUCGCCCAGGAGAGCGUCCCGCCCUUCCGCAUCAACAAGACCAUGUUCGGCGUCCACAACGAGACGGGCGUGAUCUACACCCGCGAUGUGGGGCUGGACCGGGAGGUGGUGGAAGGCUUCAGACUGACCCUGCAGGUGGCGGACAUGGCAGGCGAGGGGCUGUCGGAUCUGGGCUCCGUGCUCAUACACGUGACGGACAUCAACAACCACGUCCCCCGGUUCUCCCCGGCCUCCUACAGCGUGACCGCAGUGGAGAACAGGGAGCUGGCCGAGAUCGGCAGAGUCGACGUCACGGACGAAGACAAGCCGGGCUCGGAGAACUGGAGGGCCAAGUACACCGUCGUCAGGGGCGACCCGCAGGGACACUUCGCCGUUCGGACCGAUCCAGUGACCAACCAGGGCAUCCUCUCUGUCGUGAAGCCCCUAGACUACGAGUCUCAGAUGGAGUACGAGCUGGUUCUGACGGUGGAGAACGAGGCCCCUCUCAGUCCCAAGGGCCCCCAGGGGCCACGCAGCGGGGCCACGGUCUCGGUCGCGGUGGCCAACGCCCAGGAGGCCCCGCGCUUCAGAGUGGACCCGCUCAGACUGAGCGUGCCGGAGUCGGUCGACCCGGGGACCAUUCUGGCCCGCAACAUCGCCGAGGACGCGGACGACCAGAACCUCAGGUUUGAAGUCCAGUACGACCCUGAGAGGUGGAUAUCGAUUGACCCUCAGACAGGAGAAAUCAAAGCCAGGAGGAAGUUCAAUCUGCGAUCGCCGUACGUCAAAAACAACAUCUACCGCGCCGUGAUCAAAGCUACGGACAUGGACGCCGGUGAUGAUGGUGGAGUCUCCAGCUCGGCCACAGUGGAGCUGAUUCUCAGGGAGACCAACGACUUUGCUCCGGUGCUGGUGCCUCAGAGGGGGUCCGUGUGCAGGGACGCAGAACCGACCCCCGGCCUGGUUCUGAGCGCCGUGGACCUGGACCUGCCCCCCCAGGCCGCGCCCUUCACCUUCUGGCUGCCGGAGGAGCCAACCACAGUCAACUGGACCCUGAUCCAGAUCAAUGAGACGCACACUCUCCUGCAGCCUCUGGUGGACAUGGAGUUGGGCCUGUACUCGGUCCCGGUCCGGGUGUCUGACUCCGGCACGCCCUCCCUCUCCGCCGCCUACGUGGUCACCGUGGCGAUGUGUGACUGCGGCGUUGCCGGGGGCUGCGACACCAUCGCCAUGGCGCUGCUCGGCGCGGGGGCGGGGCUUAGCUUCCCUGCUCUCCUGAUCAUCAUUGGCAGCACUGUGCUCUUCCUCUCUCUGCUGUUCCUGGCGCUCACGGUGUGGAGCUGCAGGAGGCGGCCGGUGAAACAGGCGGGGCUCCUGGCGGGGGACUCGGGCGAGGACGUCCGCGACAACGUGGUGAACUACGACGAGCAAGGGGGCGGGGAGGAGGACGAGAGGGGGUACAAUCUGGAUCAGCUGAGGAACCCCAACGCUCUCUUCCCGCCCCUUGCUCCAGCCCUGGCCCCGCCCACCUUCUCCUCCCCUGGCUCCGCCCCCCACAGGGGCAAGCAGCCACUCAGGAGAGACGCGCCCCAGAGGCUGCCCGCCUCCGCGCGUCCGCGGAAACCGCCAGCGGACCCCAACGACAUCAAGGACUUCAUCGAUGACGGCGUGGACGAGGCGGACAGAGACCCUAACGUCCCGCCCUACGACACGGCGCUGAUCUAUGACCAGGAGGGGGAGGGGUCGGCGGCGGGCAGCCUGAGCUCGGUGGUGUCGUCCGGCUCCGACGGCGACCAGGACUACCAGCACCUCAACGACUGGGGCCCCCGCUUCCACAAGCUCGCAGACAUGUACGGCCCUCACUGAGAGCCUCAGGAGCGGUGUUCAGCCCUUUACCCGCCCCUCUGCUGCCAACUACCCCAUCACCACCCCCAACUACCCCGCCCCUCUGCUGCCAACUACCCCAUCACCACCUCCAACAACUACCCCCAUCACCACCCCCAACAACUACCCCCAUCUACUACCCCCAUCACCACCUCCACCUACCCCACCCCUCUGUCGCUAAUUACCCCCAUCACCACCCCCAACAACUACCCCCAUCACCACCCCCAACUACCCCGCCCCUCUACCUACCCUGUCACCGCCUCACUCCUGCCGCCCGGGUGCAGCUCAGACAGGGGCCCCUCAUUGUUGGACUGGAAUGGGGCGAACAAAAAAUACAUAUCUGAUGAAAGCUUAUUAGGGCGGCACGGAUGGUGCAGUGGGUAGCACUGCCGCCUCACAGCAAGGAGGUCCUGGGUUCGAAUCCCGGUCGGCCGGGGCAUCCCUGUGUGGAGUUUGCAUGUUCUCCCCGUGUUCGUGUGGGUUUCCUCCGGGUACUCCGGUUUCCUCCCACAGUCCAAAGACAUGCAGGUUAGGCUGAUUGGAGAGUCUAAAUUGCCCGUAGGUAUGAGUGUGUGAGUGAAUGGUGUGUGUGCCCUGCAAUAGACUGGCGACCUGUCCAGGGUGUAUUCCUGCCUUUCCCCCAAUGUAUGCUGGGAUAGGCUCCAGCCGCCCUGCAACCCUGAUCAGGAUAAGCAGGUUCAGAUAAUGGAUGGAUGAAAGCUUAUUAGUAUAGCGCAUUUCAGAAACGCGCUUUGCAGAAAACCCCUGGCCUAAUCCUCCACAAGAGCAAGCCUAGGGCAUCGGUGACAAGGGACAACUCCCUGAUGAAAGAGGAAGUCUUGGAGGAACUAGACUCAGCACUCCUACAGAGUACGAUUCAGACUCUUCUCACGCCAACGGUGACAUCUUCAGUUGAGUAACUUGGGUCUUUUACUCUGACUGCCACUCAAAAGGUGUCAACCUUGACCUUUGACCUGUACACCUGUACAGUAUGCCUGUACGUGCACACUGCCCGCUGGUCACGGUGGGGAUGUGGGACCGUAUCGAGUUACCCAACCUUAAACAUCCAUUUUCAUCAAUUUUUCCAAAACAUUUGGAAACCAUACAUUGUUUCCUGUACAGACUUAUUGGCAGUAUUAAUUUGACUCUGCGGUUUGAAGUUCUCAAGUGUAGGAUGUAAGGACCAAUCUGACCAAUCACCCGUCUCCUGGUCAGGGAGGGGCAGAGCAUGUAGAUAGAUGAAGCCUGAUUGGAGAAGAGACAGAAGCAGAAUUUUAUCAGCAAAUUAAUAUUACUUUACAUCUGCUUAGCCCUUUUUUGCUUCUUCUUUGAUUUUGCUUAGCACACACUAUACUCACUAUACUACGAGGAUGAGCUUACAAGUGAAAUACUACCAGGUGAGACUUUGAAGGACUGGAAGCCAGCUUUUGCAAGGUAGUUUGCAGCAGUAGGGUUACUAGGAUUGCUCAAGACUUUCAAGGAUUCAAAUGAGUUUUGUGGCUUUGUCGUUUAGACUAUGACUUCUGCGCCAAUACAAAAGAACCAAAAUAUCAUGAGCACCAGAUAUACUCAAGGACUUGUAUACAGUGUAAAAACAGUUUCAUAAAAAAUAUUUUCUGUAGAUGAAGGAUAAAUUUGUAGAGUGCAGGUAUCUUGUAAAAAGAAAUUAAAAUGUAAUUAGGUCUGAUUAUACUACACUGAAAUAGAAUGUAAGCUUUUGGGUUCAGUCACAGGAAUUUGAUAAUUGUAUUCAGAAAUGUGUAUAUCAUUGUAAUACUGUUGUUUUUAUAUUUAUUUAUACAUUUGCGGUUAACAACAAAUAAUUGUAUCUUACAAUAAUACACCAAUAUCGUUGGCAAGUGGUACAUUUUGAAUUAAUUUAAGAUUUUUCUUUUGUCACAUGAAAGGGUUUAAAAAAAUAUUUAGCCUAUGAGCAAUAAGUACAGCAUAUGAAAGUAAUUUUUGACUUAACACCUCACACUUAUCUUGCCUUAUGGAAUUAAUAAAUCAUUG